CCUGUAAUAAAAUGGCGACUUCCUUUGCAAAAUCCAUAGCGAUUCGGUUCCAAACCGUUAAGCGAGCUAGAAAAACGGUUAAACUCGUUGAGACAGUUACAAGAGGCUAUGCACAAGUAUCAAUUGCAGGUUUGCCAUCAUUUGUGAAAGUUGUGGAAGUUGGUCCAAGGGAUGGCUUACAGAAUGAGAAAGAGAUGGUGCCAACUGCUGCAAAAAUAGAAUUGGUCAAUAGGUUGUCCCAAGCUGGACUGCCCAGUAUUGAAGUUACAAGCUUUGUUUCUCCAAAAUGGAUACCUCAGAUGGCAGAUCAUGGUGAUGUUAUGAGAGGCAUAGAAAGGCAUAAAGACAUUGUUUACUCAGCGUUAACACCAAACCUGAAGGGAUUUGAAGCUGCGUUAGAGGCUGGCGUUAAUGAGGUGGCUAUAUUUGGCGCUGCUUCUGAAAGCUUCAGCAAGAAGAAUAUAAACUGCUGUAUUGAGGAAAGUUUGAACAGAUUUGAUGCUGUCAUGAAUGCAGCAAAGUCAGCAAAUAUACCUGUAAGAGGUUAUGUAUCAUGUGUAUUAGGCUGUCCUUAUGAGGGAGAUAUUGCAGUUGAUAAAGUUGCACAGGUAUGUAAAUCACUGUAUGAUAUGGGAUGUUACGAGAUAUCACUCGGAGAUACUAUAGGUGUUGGCACUCCAGGGGCGAUGAAAAAUUUGAUCUCGGAAGUCUCGAAAGUGGUACCAGUACAGAAACUAGCUGUACAUUGUCACGAUACGUAUGGUCAGGCUCUAGCUAACAUUUUAGCAGCUUUACAGAUGGGGAUAAGUGUGGUGGAUAGCUCUGUAGCGGGACUUGGAGGGUGCCCCUAUGCCAAGGGUGCUAGUGGAAAUGUGUCUACAGAAGAUGUUGUUUAUAUGUUACAUGGUCUAAAUAUUAAAACAGGUAUAAAUAUACAGAAGCUGAUAGAAGCUGGACAAUUUAUAUCUCGAACUCUUGGUCGACCAACACAUUCCAAGGUUGCCCAGGCGACCAAAUCAUCUCUUUGAACAGCUGGACUUUUCAUUAUAGGAGUAGCAUGUUAUAAGAGUAGUAACAAUAUAUUCAAGAAAUAAUAUCUCCCAAACAGUGAUUUAAUCGCUCAAUAAAAUCACUAUUUGUGGAGUUCAGAUGCGAAUAAUUAUAUCAUGAGGGUGCAGCCCGAGUGAUAUAAUGAUGCGUAUCAGAACGACAAGCAGUGAUUUUAUCAAAAGAUAAAAUUUGGAUAUAUUAUUUUGAUUCUAACACGACAUCAACAAAUAAAUGCUGCCGUUCCUGAUAUUAAGCUCAACUGCGCCUGAUUUGUUUCCGUACUUAUUUUCAGCCCGUCAAAUUUUUAGUGGUUAUUACAUGUAUAAUGAUUAUGUCACAUGUCUAAAUAUAGGAUGCUAAACAGUGAUUUAUUGCAAAAUAACACACUUUUUCAGUUCUUCUAUGUUCAAUAGGGAAAAAUGCGGUCGUGUUAGAAUAUAUUAUAAAGUCUAAUCUUGUAUGUUAAAUAUGAUGUAUAUAAAUUACAUGAAAUCUUACCUGCUAGGUUUAUACAUGCAAUGAAUUGUAAGGUAUUAACAAAUAUUGGGAGUAUUGUAGUAUCCAGUUUUGAAACAGAUUUUCAAAAUUGUUGGGUAAUAAGCUGGUUAAUACUUGUUAUAAUCAUAUUAAUUUUUGUUGGUUGUUACUUGUUGUGAUUAGAAUAUAGAAGAAAUGGUAUUGUAAAAAUUAUUUGUGUCCAUUAGAUUUUAGGAUGUAAGUUUGAAAGAACGUUAUUUUACAAACUAGUUUAAACUUGUGUUUCAAUCAUAUUUGUUGAUUGUUACUUCUUAGGAUUAGAAUGUAGAACAAAAGAGAUUGUAAAUUUGUUUGUGUCUAUUACAUUUAAGCACAUAAGUUUGAAAGAAUGUUUACAAGGAAUGAUUGUUUAUAAAUGUUAAAAUUUCGAUGAAUCAUCAUAAAAACAGUCAUUGACUAGAAUGUCACUUUUCUUAUGAUAUAAUAUCAUGAAUUAGGCAACUGUGGGAACUAGUCAUAUUUUAAAUACGGUGCAUAAUUUUCUAGCUUAUAGCCAAGUCUCUUUGUUAUUGAUACAAUAUAAUGAAACUGUUUAUUUGUUUUGUUUUUUAAUUGUUAAAUGUUUUAUAACUGUGAAAGGUAUAAAUUAUAAUGAGGACAUUGUUCCCAGCACAUAACUUUCAGCCACCAAGGUAUUAAUUUGUUAUUGUUUUGAAAUGAAACACGAAAGUUUCUACAGAUUGUUAAUAUUUUUGCACUUGAAUUAUUUUUCUGAUAAG